AUAUUUUAUUUCCACCAGUCUCAGACAAAUGUUGUCUACUUGCCACAGUGUAAUUUCUGCAAUUUUGAUUUACCGUGUGCAUUAUCUUUAACGUGGAAUCGCAUGCACCUAUAAAAACUUACUUUUACUUUCAUGCUUUCAUGCUUUUACUUGCUUUCGCCUAUAGUGUAGAAUAUAGAACACAAAGUACAGAACACAGUACAAAAUAAGAAAGUUCCUGUACAUGUAAUACAUAAUUAAGCUUUGAUUAUUGACAAUACUCAAGAGCAAUGGUUUUUGAACAGCUAAUGCAUUAUUAAUAUCAGUCAUUUAAGAAGAUCUUGCUGGGAAGGUUACAAUACGUCGAUUGACAUUAUCAGGGUGAGCAAAACGUCUUUUAGCCUGGUCAACAGCAACAUAAUUCAGUCCUGCGUCAAUGUGCCAACGCGCCCUACCUUUGACGCCGUGAAUCCCGACAUUGCUGGAUCAACACGCAGUCCCUGGAUGUGGAAAGAAAGUUUCGCCUUUGCCCACCUCCUGGCUCGAACUGUCACAAGACACUGUCGUAUUCUGUGCAUAAUCGGGGAGUGGGAUAAUUGUCUGUUUUCCUUGGUGCAAUUACUGAAUUUCUUGUCGCUGAAGUUAAAGUGGCUGGUCAUCGCUGACAAUGCGGAACUGUACAUUCGAGAGUUCCUAGAUUUUCCUAAACCGAAUAAUGUCUUAAAUUUUUCCGAACCGGAUGUGUAUACGGUUACCUUUUACGAGUCGCCGGCAUACGGAACAAUUUGCGAUAAUAUUCUGCUUCGAAAUUGUGUGUUUCCUGUGCAAAAUUCCAUUACCUUUCCCGGUGUGCUCCAUGAAGAGAAGAUGCGUAUCAUUGACUGCCCACUGUACUUCCGCUACACGGACACGUUUUCUGUCAGCGUGACGAGUUAUUCAUUCAGUUUUAUCGGCACAACGAAGGCGGAUUAUCUGGUUUCUGUUACCCACAUGUUCGAAGUAUUUUGUCCGGAGCUGGAAAGCAUAAAACUGGACCGUCUGUUGGAUGGCUUGAGCAUUUUUCCCCUUCAAACACAUCAUCAAGGGCUAUUGCAAUGGGCGUUUAUGCGAGCCUCCUUUAUGCUGUGGAGCAGUCCGUCCCCCGAUACCAUUUCCGAUAUUCAAAAUGCCAUCGUAAAGGGAGCAUCACAGCGCAAACUUGUGACACAGACUCUGCAUUUGUUAACAUUCCUGCAGAGGCCCUUAUAGAAGGGCGCUGGAGCCGCAAUAAAAGACACCCCAAACGGAUUGAUUGUUAUCUUUGCUACCGGAACACGGUCUUCCCAACAUAUAUUCGCGCUUUUUGCACCACAAAAAUUAUACAAUCGGAGAACGAUAGCCAGAAUUCAUGACUAAUAGCCGGAAACGGGUGACCCAAAAGCUGCAACAGAUACCAUUCUUACAGUAAUUUCUGCAAAGAGGCGUUAGACCUGCAAUAAAAGGAGCCAUGGAGUGCUUGACUGAUUUAUAAUUUUCUUCCAUAAACAUUAUUUACGGCGCUACUAGUAUUUGUAUACUUUGUACCGGUCCACCUUACGACUCUUGCGUUAUUAAUGUUCCAGCAAUCAGGAAGUAUUUGUAUCCCGUAAAAUGUGUACUGUAUGACUAUGGUAAAGAGAAGAAUAUCCCAUCUGUCCGCCUACUCGCAGACUGCAACACCAGCCGAGUAGCAGAAUAAAAUCAUUUCCCAUGUGACGGCAAGAUAAACAAACAAAUCCGCAAAUAAUCGGGAUCCUGCGCUUCUCAGUGCUGGGCGAAUCAUAAAUGCAGUUUAUUGUCAAACACCAUCUGCACCUCUACAUCAAUCGAUCACUUUUCUUUCUUCCAUCACGAUUCACAUGUUGAAUAUUACUGCGAACAUCGUUUUCGUACAUUUAACUUAUGGUCUGUUGAUUAAAAUGACCGUGAUAACGUCUUUAUCCAUUGAACCAUGAAGCCGACAGCACACGGACCGACAUAUUCGUUCCUACGCUUUUUUCUUCUACUGCCUACGGAGUGCACCGACGCUUCUCGUUCCACCGGCCUGUUCCGAAUCUGCCAGGGCCGCAACCGCUUGGCAACCGCCCUAAAAUGUCUUUACUGGGCUAUUAUUUCUCUGAUGACCAUUCUCACCGCCAUGGCCAUGAUUUCCGCCACCCUGUCCCUGGGUAUCCUGACUUUUCUGGCGUUUGCGCGGUAUGCCAUAAAGACCCAGUGCUAUCUGCUGAUUGUCAUCGUCUUCACCUUCAAACAACGCUGCUUCCAUGCACUUUGCGCGGAGACCGCCCUUCCUUUUGUCACUCCACCGCGGCGAGCCCGUUGUAAUGUGGAAGUACUGCUGAUGGUCGUAUACGCUGCGCUGCACGUGAGCGGAUACGUCCUGAUAACCAGUGAAUACUAUUUGGUAAAUCACCAUAACGCCUGGCUGACCGAGUUCAGCCGGUUUGAUCCGGUGGGCACGAUGAAUAUCCCUUUCUGGGCAUGGCAGCUGGUGUCCUAUCCGCUCACCGUGAUGCCCACGCUGAUGGCCGAUUAUGUCAUCGCGCUAAUGGUGCUGGGUGUGUACAAAUGCACAAGGGCGGUGCAGUCGUUAAGGCAUAGUGGAGGCGCUGAUAACACGGAUUUGGACGGAGUUAAGCUGUCUGUGCUGCGGAUUCGCGAGUACAUCGCCAAUCUGGAAAGGUGUUUUUCGUUGGUGUUAUUGCUGCACUGUGUGGCCAGCUGUUUGACCAUUCUGGGCUGGGUGCAGUGUAUUCGCAUGCCGGAUGGCAACGGUCUGGUCAGCAUGUUGGUGGUGCUGAUUCAGUCGACGCUGGCCACAUGGAAUGCCGUGUCUAUACUGAUUCCUGUCGGUUUUAUUAUUCUGCUGCAAGAUGAGCUGGAUAAGAUGAUCGAUACGUUCUUACUCCCGCUGGAGUCACCGUAUCCCGCCGAUUACUCCGACCGACAGAUCUUGAUGACGGAAAGCUUCAAGCAGUCCCUCAACGCGAUGCGACUAAUUCCCGUGCGGCUUACCGCGGGACGCUUCUUCAUUAUCGACCGCGGCUUUAUUGCUGGUUUAGUGGGAUUCUUCGCAACGUAUGCCGUGCUGGUGAAAGAACUUCUGAAGAACACUUCCACUUAUGGCGCGUACAACGUUUCCGUCGUUUCGGAAUCGAGUCAGUAGCUACUAGCUAGUUGGACGGUUAAUUUAGGUUGUGGUGCAUGCAACCCGGCACUGCAAUGAAUCCAGUGAUAUCGGCAGCUUGUAACCGUCGUGCUUCUUCACACGGUACACGGUACACCGUACUUCGUGCUUGAAAUUGCCGUGAAUCUGAUAAAUCUAAGGGAAUUUUGUUUUCAUGUUUGUACUCUUUUCAAUAAAGAAGGCGUAAGAACUAAUUUGAUUGAACGGCUGUAGACUUGUAAGUUGUAAGUACUAAAUGUCUGGUUUGUC